CACCAUUAGCGCAGGGGUACUGUACCAAAGCUGUUGUGCACCAGUUUAAAGCAGCCCAGCCGGUUUUUGCCACAUCGAGCCCCGCUCGUUUUGACACAAGCAGCCUGCAGUAGCAAACUGCGAUCCAGCCAUGUCUAAACCCAGACCCAAGGGAUUACUUGCGCGCCUGCAGGAUGACGAGACGGUGAUCUGCGCGGAGGGAUAUCUGUUCGAGUUCGAGCGACGCGGCUACCUGCAGGCCGGCGGGUACGUACCGGAAGUCGUCAUCGAGCACCCGGAACUGGUGGAGGGUCUGCAUAGGGAGUUCGUGCACGCCGGAAGUGACGUGGUGCUGGCCUUCACGUAUUACGCGCACCGUGAGAAAAUGCGGCUGAUCGGACGUGAGGCGGACCUGGAGAAGAUCAACCGCACGGCGCUGCGCCUGGCGAGGAAGGUGGCAGACGACACCGGCACGCUCAUGGCGGGAAAUAUCUGCAACCUCAACAUCUACGACCAGGCGGACCCGGGCUGGGAGGGGCGCGCGCACGCCAUGUUUAAGGAGCAGUUGGAGUGGAUAAUGGAGGAGGGCGGGUGUGACUUUAUCCUUGCUGAGACGUUUUUUGCCUACGCAGAGGCUAAACUGGCUCUGGAGUGCGUCAGGAAAUAUGCCAAAGGUAUUCCCGUGGUGGUGAGCUUUAAUCUGAAGCGUGGAGACGACCUGAUAGACGGCGUACUGAUCCAGGACGCGCUGCGCCGCCUAGCGGAGGCCGGGGCUGACGUGGUGGGGCUGAACUGCGGGCGCGGCCCCGCCACCACCCUGCCUGUGCUGGAGGAGGCCAAACAGAACGGCAUUGAGACGCCCCUGGCCUUCGUGCCCGUCCCGUAUCGCACGGACGCCGAGAACCCCAACUUCAUGACGCUGAAGGACGUGAACGACAACGGUAAGAUCGCCUUUCCCUUAGACCUGGACCCGUGGCUUUGCAGCCGGUCGCAAAUCGCCUCCUACACCCGCAAAGCACACGCCCUCGGCGUCCGCUUCAUGGGCAUCUGCUGCGGGAAUGCCUCGCACUUCACCCGCGCCAUGGCCGAGGCGCUGGGCCGGCAGCCGCCCGCCUCCCGAUACACAGCCGACAUGAGCAAACACGCGUACUACGGCACCGACCCGACUCUCAUCGACUUCAACACACAGGAGGUCUGCAAAAACAAGUUCUGAACAAGUAAACAAUAAAACUUUACACAACAAACAACAAACACGCGUACUACGGCACCGACCCGACUCUCAUCGACUUCAACACACAGGAGGUCUGCAAAAACAUGUUCUGAACAAUAUCAAAGUUUCUAAGAUCUGAUCAAGUUAAGAACAAAUCAAAGUUCGUCCCAACAGAAACAAGUCUGAAGCCUUCAUUAGCCCCGAAUGACCAACUACUUAGACCACGUGACCUAAAGGACCAUUGAUCUUUUAGUCACGUGACUUAACAGUCUCGUAUCCACGUGACCAGCUGGCGGACCUUUUAGUGAUCAGUCAAAAUUCAUUUCCAAAAAUUGAUUUAUGUCGAAGCGUAACCUUCACCCAUUCUGACGUAUAAACUACAAAAAAAUGAUUCCCGUGUCUCUGUAUAGCAGCAAUCUAAGUGACACUUUAUGUUGUAUUAUAAUAUAAUGUUGGUUUUCUUCUUUAUAAUUUUUUUCUUCAAUUCUUUGUCGUCUAAUGCAAAAAUUUAUUACAAAAUAAAGACUGUGGAUCAAA